AACCGUCAAAAAAAAUUAAACGAGAGAGAGAGCGAUCAGAGAUCGGAGAUCGGAGAUCGGAGAUCUAGAAUUCCAUCAAUGGAGAAAUACGAGAAGCUGGAGAAGGUAGGCGAAGGCACGUACGGAAAGGUGUACAAGGCGAAAGAGAAAGCCACCGGACUGGUCGUAGCCCUAAAAAAAACCCGCCUCGAAAUGGACGAGGAGGGCGUGCCGCCGACGGCGCUCCGGGAGGUUUCCCUCCUCCAGAUGCUGUCGCAAUCGCUCUACGUGGUCCGACUCCUCUGCGUCGAGCACGUCGACAACAAGAGCGGGAAGCCGCUCCUCUACCUCGUCUUCGAGUACCUCGAUACGGAUCUGAAGAAGUUCAUCGAUUCCCAUCGGAAGGGGCCGAACCCUAGGCCGCUUCCGCCGCAGUUGAUCCAGAGCUUCCUCUACCAGCUAUGCAAGGGCGUGUCUCACUGCCACAGCCACGGCGUGCUCCACCGCGAUCUCAAACCCCAGAAUCUGCUCCUUGAUAAGGAGAAAGGAAUCCUCAAAAUCGCCGAUCUUGGACUCGGUAGAGCAUUCACCGUCCCCCUUAAGAGCUACACCCACGAGAUUGUGACGCUUUGGUAUAGAGCGCCUGAGGUACUUUUGGGAUCGACGCAUUACUCUACGGCUGUUGAUAUAUGGUCCGUCGGCUGCAUUUUCGCUGAGAUGGUAAGAAGGCAAGCUUUGUUUCCUGGAGAUUCCGAGUUUCAGCAGCUGCUUCAUAUUUUUAGGUUGCUUGGAACACCAACUGAGAAGGAUUGGCCAGGAGUUAGUUCAUUGAGGGAUUGGCAUGUGUACCCUCAGUGGGAACCUCAGAAUUUGGCCCGUGCAGUUCCUUCAUUGGAGUCCGAUGGUCUUGACCUUCUAACGAAGAUGCUGAAAUACGACCCGGCAGACAGAAUUUCGGCUAAAGCUGCUCUAGACCAUCCCUACUUCGACAGCUUGGACAAAUCUCAGUUCUGAAAGUGGAGGAGGCGACCGCCAUUUUUGAAAAAAAACGUGGUCACGAUUGUUGGAUGAUGUCAUCAUCUUGGUGAUUUGAUAUUUUGAUGUCUAUGCUUCGGUUAUUCGUAUCAAAACAUCUGCGAGCGCAACGUAUCAUCAGUCUGGUGAUAUCUUUAUAAAAUGAUAUAUGUUUACAAGUAAUGUAAUUGACGACAUUUUAAAUAUGCUUUAUGUUGUGUAAUCGAUGCAUAACUAGCGUGGAGGCAUGCAUUGUACGGUUAUAAUAUUUCGAGUUUAUUGUAUUGUACUCUUUUCUUAAUAGUAACGAUGGAGGUGUGUUUCGUUUUUUAU